GUCCCGGGCCGAUGUCCCAGGUGAGCGGCCAAAGCCCCUGUCGCCACGACGCGCCCCAUGGAGCCCCAGACGCAGCCCAGGAGCCUGCCCAGAGGGAGAGGCUCCUGCCUGGGCUGGAGGUAGGAACAGGACCUGCUCGCCCUGUGGAAGCAGCAUCGCAGGAGGGCUCCCUGGAGGAGGCAGCACCUCCCAUGCCCCAAGGCAAUGGCCCUGGGGCUCCGCAAGCCCUGGACAGCACUGACCUCAGUGUCCCCACGGAAGCUGUGACGUGCCAGCCUCAGGGGAACCCCUUGGGCUGCACCCCACUACUGCCAAAUGGCUCCAGCCACCCCUCAGAGCCGGGCAGUGCCAGGCAGGCGGGGAAUGGUGCUCUUGGGGGCCCCAAGGCCCACCGGAAGCUGCAGACGCACCCGUCUCUGGCCAGCCAGGGCAGCAAGAAGGGCAAGGGCAGCACGAAGUCGGCCUCCUCCCAGAUCCCCCUGCAGGCGCAGGAAGACUGCUGCGUGCACUGCGUGCUGUCCUGCCUGUUCUGUGAGUUCCUGACCCUCUGCAACCUGGUGCUGGACUGCGCCACGUGCGGCUCCUGCGGCUCCGAGGACUCGAGCCUGUGCUGCUGCUGCUGCGGCUCCGGAGAGUGCGCCGACUGCGACCUGCCCUGCGACCUGGACUGCGGCAUCCUGGACGCGUGCUGCGAGUCGGCCGACUGCCUGGAGAUCUGCAUGGAGUGCUGUGGCCUCUGCUUCUCCUCCUGACCAGCAAGGGGCACAGGGACGGACAGACGCACGCCCAGGCCGCCCGGGCACUCCCAGGGUGGGAUGGGGCAGGGCGCCAGGGCUGUAGAACACUGUGAAUGCCGGGGAGGGGAGGGACGGGGGGCAGGGCCGUGGGCUUCUCUGCCUGUCUCCUGGCGUCCCCUCUCCUGCUGCCCCAGCUGGAGGACAGCGAAAUGUGAAAAGAGCCCCUUCCCGGCCUGCCAAGCCCCGCCCGUCCUUCUCUGGCCCACAAAGUGACCUGGAGGCCAGGGCUGGGCUGGGACAGUAGGGACAGCAUGGCGAAAACUGGAGGGGCGCAGAGGGUCUGUUCUAUUUGUCGCUGUAAAUAAAGAUACUUGUUCAUCUCCA